AUGUGGCUGAGAGUCUUCUUCACCUUCGUCUUCAGCUUCUCCAGCUGCCGGCCGGCUUCAGUCUUCCUGGAUCCGGAUCGAGCCCACGGAGUCCUGGUCCGGACUCGGAGGUAUAACUCGGGCUGGCUGGAGGAGCUACAGAUGGGGGAUCUGAAGAGGGAGUGUCUGGAGGAGCGCUGCUCCUAUGAGGAGGCCCGGGAGGUGUUCGAACACACCGAGACCACGGACGAAUUCUGGAGCACGUACAACCUUCCAGAUAGUUGUAAGCCGACUCCGUGUCUGAACGGCGGCAGCUGCUCCCCUCAGGGAUCGUCCUACACCUGUUUCUGCCUCCCGCAGUUCAGUGGACUCAACUGUGAGCUCGACUUCAGGACGAUUCGAGACAGCUGCCUGCUGGAGAACGGAGGCUGUGACCAUUUCUGUGAUGAAGGCGAGGGAGGACGAAGACUGAACUGCUCGUGUGCAGACAGCUACUUCCUGCAUGUUGACGGACAGAGCUGCAUAUCAAGAGAGUCGAUAGCGUGCGGCAUGGUACCGGUGCUGCACAGAGGAAACAAAGCUGAGCAGCUCGACUCUCGAGCUCGGAUCGUCGGAGGAACCGAGUGCCCCAAAGGUGAAUGCCCCUGGCAGGUGUUGCUGGUGUACAAAGGCAAAGGUUUCUGUGGAGGAGUUCUCUAUAAACCCACAUGGAUCCUCACAGCGUCUCACUGCCUCGAGGACGUGGACGCUCGCUUCCUGAAGGUGGUCGCAGGUGAGCACAACACGGCGGUGACGGAGGGCACGGAGCAGCUAGUCCAGGUGUCUGAGAUCUUCAUGCACGAGGACUACGUGAAGAUCACCGCUGACAACGACAUGGCCCUCCUCCACCUGGCGUCGCCCGUCGUCUACACGCCGUACGCCGUGCCGGCCUGCCUGCCGACGCGGUCGCUGGCCGAGCGCGAGCUCUGGGCGGUCGGCCGGCACACGGUGAGCGGCUGGGGGAGGAGGGGGGAGGACGGACCCACCUCCAACAUCCUCCGGCGGCUCAGGGUGCCGCGGAUCCGGACUCAGCAGUGCCAGGAGGAGAGCGGCGUGUCGAUCACAGACAACAUGUUCUGCGCCGGAUACAUCGAGGGCCGGGAGGACUCGUGUAAAGGGGACAGCGGUGGCCCGCUGGUGACGGAGUACAAGAAGACGGCGUUCCUGCUGGGCAUCGUCAGCUGGGGGAAAGGAUGCGCCCGACCGGGAAACUACGGCAUCUACACCCGAGUGUCCAACUACCUGGACUGGAUCCACAACCGGACCGCCACCGCAGACCUGCCGACGAACGCCAGCGAGGCUUCGACGCACAACCGGACGACCUGAAGGUCCACGAUGGAGGUUCAUGUUUUAUGUAUCAGCAGACUUUCAUUCUAUUAGAGUAGCUUGGCUUUAAAAAUAACACACAUGUAAGCAGUGAAUGUUGCAAUAGAUAU